AUGGACCGGGUCAUUUUUUGGGCCCGGUACAUCGACGAUGUCUUUUUCAUAUGGCAAGGCACCUCUGAAGCUUUGGGAUCCUUUAUGGACAAUCUCAACGAGAAUAAGUACAACAUCCAUUUGACCUACAAAUACAAUACGAAACAAAUCGAGUUUUCGGAUGUUUUAAUUAAAUGUGAUCCAUCAGGCUAUUUACAAACCAACAUAUAUAGAAAGGAAACUGCUGUCAACGCGCUUUUACAUGCGUCAUCUUCCCACUCUCCUCAGACAAUUGAAGCUAUACCAACUGGUCAGUUUAUCAGGAUCAGAAGAGUUUGUUCCACCGACGAGGAUUUUGAGAUCCAGUCGGAUAUUUUGCGACAACGUUUCCUGGAAAGAGGUUACAGCAAAAGAUCAGUAAAGAGAGCGUAUAAUCGGGCCAAACACUCGGCACGACAAGAUCUCAUUUAUCCUAAAAUAAAGAAGGAAACAUCUGACAUGAUUGCUGUAGUCUGUUGCACUAGUCUACCUGAUGAAGAAAAAGAAACAAAGAAAGAAUCCCCAGGAAAGCCUGAUGGAACUAUUAAAAUCCCAUGGAAUGAGCUUUGGGAGUUUGGGAUUCCAAAAGAAGCUGAUCAACCAUGUCUAAAGAAAUCACGUUUGUUUGUCACCUUCAACUUGGUCGCUGCAGCACAAGAAAUGAUUCUUUACAGUAUUAGGAAAUUUCAGAUAUUGGUCUACUAUUCAAUUAUUCUGUUGACUGGCUUAAAAGGUUCUUUACAAAGUGACAUUGAAGAGAGGCUUUUCCAUAAGCUCUUCAUGCAUUACAACCAGCAUAUAAGGCCAGUUGAAAAUGUGUCUGAUCCUGUUAUGGUGCACUUUGAGGUGGCAAUAACUCAGCUUGUUAAUGUGGAUGAAGUCAAUCAAAUCCUGGAGACCAACUUGUGGCUUCGGCAUAUCUGGAAUGACUAUAAGCUGAAGUGGAAUCCUGUGGAUUAUGAUGGGAUUGAAUUUAUGCGUGUGCCCGCAGACAAAAUUUGGAAACCUGACAUUGUUUUGUAUAAUAAUGCUGUCGGAGACUUUCAGGUUGAAGGAAAAACAAAGGCUUUACUUAAAUACAAUGGUUUGAUAAAUUGGUCUCCACCAGCAAUUUUCAAGAGUUCAUGCCCCAUGGAUAUAACUUUUUUUCCAUUUGACCAUCAGAACUGUUCAAUGAAAUUUGGGUCAUGGUCAUAUGAUAAGGCAAAAAUUGAUCUUUCUAUCAUUGGGUCAAAAGUUGACAUGAAAGAUUUUUGGGAGAACAGUGAAUGGGAAAUAAUAGAUGCUGCUGGGUACAAACAUGAUAUCAAAUAUAACUGUUGUGAAGAGAUCUACACAGAUAUAACUUACUCAUUUUACAUCAGAAGACUCCCUAUGUUCUACACCAUAAAUUUAAUUAUGCCAUGCCUCUUUAUUUCAUUUUUAACUGUGUUAGUCUUCUAUCUUCCAUCUGAUUGUGGGGAGAAGGUCACCCUUUGCAUCUCAGUGCUACUUUCCUUGACUGUGUUCCUCCUGGUUAUCACUGAGACAAUACCAUCAACUUCUCUUGUAAUCCCACUUGUUGGGGAGUACCUGUUAUUCACCAUGAUAUUCGUAACCUUAUCUAUUGUGGUAACAGUAUUUGUGCUCAAUAUCCAUUAUCGGACCCCAACAACACACAAAAUGCCCAGGUGGGUAAGAGAUGUAUUUUUAAAAUGUCUACCUAAACUACUUAUGAUGAGAAAGACUAUAGAGAAGAAAGAUCGACCGUGCUCUAAAAGAACAAAGAAGAGAACAUAUGGCAAGACAGCUAAACUUGUAGACUCCCAAUGCAGAGAUUUAGAAGUAUUUGAAGAUGAAACACGUUAUCAUUGCAUGAAAUCAAAGGAACAAAGUGCCAGGAGCAGGAGAAGACAGCACCAUGAAUCCCGUAAUGUAAUUCAGCAGUCUCCUGCAGAAAUGAGAGAUGUUGUUGAGAGCAUUCAGUUCAUGGCAGAAAACAUCAAAGAUCAUAAUGAGAGAAAAGAGGAAGAAGAUGACUGGAAGUACGUUGCUAUGGUCAUUGACAGAGUCUUUCUCUGGGUGUUCAUAAUCCUGUGUGUUCUAGGGACCACUGGGUUAUUUCUGCAGCCAAUGAUAGAUUCCCAUAAAACAUAG